UAUUAUUAUUAUUAAUUUGUGAGAGAGUUAAAAAGCAAUAUUAAGAGGAGGAAGAAGCAUACCAUUCGGGGGGACAGAAGAGAACCCUGUCAUUUGCGAAAAAAACUCUAUUUGGGAAGUGAGAGAGAGAGAGAGAGAUGGAGCAGGAGAUCGGCAAAUCAGCCAAACCAAAAGCCAAGAAAGAAUUUGCACAAGGGAGGUUGAUUGAUACCUAUGCUGCACAAUGCGAGAAGUGUCACAAGUGGAGGGUCAUUGAUAGCCAAGACGAGUAUGAGGACAUCAGAAGCAAAAUGCUCGAAGACCCUUUCCACUGUCACAAGAAACAGGCCACUUCCUGUGAAGACCCUGCUGAUAUCGACUACGAUACCUCUCGCACUUGGGUCAUCGACAAGCCUGGUGUCCCCAAGACUCCUAAAGGUUUCAAGCGGAGCUUAGUUCUCAGGAAAGACUACUCUAAGAUGGACACCUACUACAUCACUCCUACAGGCAAGAAGCUCAGGAGUCGCAACGAAAUUGCUGCUUUCGUUGAGGCCAAUCCUGAAUUCAACAACGCACCACUCGGUGACUUCAAUUUCACUGUCCCUAAGGUCAUGGAAGACACUCUUCCUCCUGAUGCUAAGCUCGCCUCUCCUAUUGGUGCUACCUCUACUGCUACUUCUAAGAAGACCAUCUCCAAGCAGACUCAAGACUAAUUAUCAUAUAUGUUCUGCGGCUCAUCCAGUUUGUUCCAUUUUUCUUUGUUUCUUCUCAUCCCUAUAACAAAAAUGCUCUUGGAGUUUGUGUAAAUUUGAUUGUUCUCUUGAACUUUUAUGAAAGCUGGGGAUGAUCUCUCGUGACUGCUUAGGAACUCGUUUUCAAUCUAAAAACACUUUUUC